AUGUCCAACGCUCGAGGUACCAAACGACUACAGGCAAGCGGACACGCCUCUGAACCGCCUCGAAAGAUCCAGAGGUCGACUCGGAUAAAAACAGAGCACGAAGAACGAACGACUAAUCUUCUCCAGGACGAGAGGGCAGCCAAUUCGGAAGAACCAUCCAAAUCCUCGCAAACUCGCAGCCCUGCAACGCCGAAGACGCGCACAUCUCGCAAGAAGACUAAAGUAGUACCCAAAAAGGAAGAAGAAGCGCCGGUCCUUGUUACGGCACCAGACAAUGUAGAAGAAGAGGAAGCUGCGGAUGAUUCGGAUUAUGUCGACGAGAGCGAGAGUAAUGCAGAAGCUCGGACCCCACGCAAGCGAGGCGCUACUUCGCAGAAUUCAUCGCCGAGAAAGAAAUCUGCAACUCCAAAGAAAAAGAAAGGAAGAGAAAAGACGCCUGUCGUACGUCCUGUGUUCGUUUUAGAGGUCAGACCUAUGUGUCUUACGGAAGGAAUGUCGAAGCCACUGGAUUCUUUGACCCCGAAGGAACUGCUUGCUUUAGCGAAGAAGGACCACCAACUUGCGGAAACUCUGUCUUCCACUGCCGGGGUGGCAAUAUGGAGCAAAGCGAGGUCGAACGUUAAACCUAGACCUGUCCCUGACCCUCCCAGGUACUGCUCGGAAGAGAAAUGGGCCCAGUUACUUUUCGACGAGCGCUUGUGUCAGGGUUGCUCCCAACGGAAGUCCACUGAAGCCGAACUCUUCCUCGAGUUUCCUACACGGCUAUGUGCGAGAUGCAGGGAAGAAACUCUGAUCAAGAAGCAAGAAAUAACCAACCUAAAUGAGGUAGACAAGUUGGAUGAUUGGUUCACAGGAAAACUCCUCAAUCGCCAUGAAAGCAAGGAAAAGACCAAUAGGCUUCGUUACUGGAAGCGCGAAGCCGACGAAGUCUCCACCCGACUUUUAUCGUACACGGCAGGACUCAUACGGCGCGACCCCAAUGUGAGGGCAGAGUUCGAAGCCUACAAGACACAGCGGAGGAGUUUUGUGGAUCAUAUGAAGAGGAAUCUUUGGAACAGGAAAUCCUGGUACGACCAGUACAAAGCCCACGAAAAGACGAACAUGGAGGAACGGCGGCGUGCACGAUUGUCCGCUAUCCGAGCAAGAUUCAAGCAGCUUGGGUACACUGAUGACGACGUCAGCGUCUUCACCGAGGAUCAUAAGGAUAUAAAGACCGAAUGGGAGAAGCUGGAAGUGAGACUGGGUCCGACCGCGUGCUUGGCUAGGAAGAAGAGGUUGCUGAACAGUCGUUAUGACGAAUUCAAAGCUGCGUUGGUUGCUGAGAAACGUCCAGUCGGAUUGCACUUUUACCCAACUCUAUCCGAAUUGCUCCAGCACCAACCUCUCAAGGACCUUAUCGAUGCGGCACGCGAAGAUUUCGACAACCGUCUCGCAAAAGCGACCAACUUCGCUUCUUUCGCUCGACUUGUAGACGCCUGUAUCCUUCAGAAAAGGGGCGCGUUGGAGAACCAAAUCCGCGGCGCGUUCACCGCACCGUUGGGCGUUGACGUAUCCAAACUUGCUGCCCGUGUCUUCACAUGCAACAACCCCGGCCACGUCAAGCCUGUACGAAGGCCCUUGAUCGGGAUGGACAUGGCAGCAACUCACCGUUGUUCUUACCUUGGACGAGAGGUAGCACGAAAUGCUCGCAGACCUCAGUACAGUAUCCCUCCCGAGGCCUGUCCUUCUUUGGCACUCAACGUUCGGGCCUCGGAUAUCGCCAGCCAGAUUAUCGACGAAGCUGGGCUGUCGCCUUUGACAGCCACUGUAGCUCAAAUGAACGCUUUGGAUAAGAGGUUCACGUGCAACGCUUGCCUGAAGACGGAGACUUUCAAGCAGGAGAACGGACACAAAUACAAGCCGUUCUUAGGCGCCUAUACUUGGAGAAGCGCCAUACACCACGCGAUGACCAAGCAUCCCAAGUAUUUCAACAGCGACCCUUGGAACUCGCUUCAGUUCACUGUGAUCACUGACCCUGUAAAGCUACAAGCUGCGAAAACCAAGUUGUACCGAAGUGUGUCGUGGUUCUGCAACCAUUGUACCGAGUUCAACGACGGUUACGCUGCUCGGGAAGAUGAAGCGAUGAGUCACCUUCAGACCAUGCAUGGGAUCAAAGAUCCGGCACUCAAAGACGAUCUGUUCCAGGAUGAUGAGCUAAGUCUCUUCUACGAGGCGCCCGUCUUCAUUAGAAUGCUUGAGGACCCGCCUCGGCGCAGGUAUCCUGAACUCUUCGUCAGUUGGUAUAGUUUCUUCCAUUUGGACGGUCGAAGAGAGGACGAGGAUGAUUUCCAAGAGUAUGGGUGCAUGAUUUGUCGGUUCUUAGGGCUGCCUCAUUAG